AUGCUUGGAACGUAUGCAACCGAUUGCUCAAGAAUGGACUUCUCUCCAAGAACACCCAUGGCGACAUCAUUCGAUUCACUCCACCUCUAUGUAUCAAUAAGGAACAGGUCCAAACUUACGCAUAGGAUCUUAUCGAGUCAUUAUGGAAAAUUGGCAUUUGCAGGUAGAGGAGUCAUCCGACAUCAUAAUCAACACUAUCAAACAGGUCGCAUCGGAACAUUAGGAAUAGUGAUAGAAGCAGUAUAG